AUGUGCGACGUCGUUAGGGACGAGAAGUAUUAUAUGGAGGAUGGCAGCUGUAUCCUGCUCGUAGAGAACACAUUAUUCAAUGUACAUAGAUCGAUGCUCUCGCGAGACUCGUCAUCGUUUGCUACGAUGUUCAGCCUCCCGCAGGGGGAUACGCCCAUGGAGGGCACGUCGGACGACAACCCGAUUGUCCUGCCUGGAGACACUGUCGCUCAGUUCAGGAACUUCUUGUGGGCUCUAUACGCCUUACCUCCGGAACUCAUGGUCGUCCACACCGCGCAAGCCGACCUCGUGCGCCUGAUGGACAUCGCCCUCGUCGCCAACAAGUACUCCUUCAAGACCCUCGAGACCUGGGCGCUGGACGCCAUCCAGGAGUACGUCACCCGGCAGCCCUCCCCCCUCUUCCCCCGACCCGCCCUCGCCCCCUCUGGCGCCCUCGCGCAGUUCUCCGCCGCUACGACCCCGACGAUACCCACCGCGCCGCCGUUCAAGCCAGGCCUCGCGCGGCUCGUGCGCCUGGCGCACCUCUGUGCGCACGAGCCGCUGCUCGGCACUAUGGUCGGGCUGCUCAAGCGGCUCAUGUGCAGCUCGGUCCCGUACGCGUACCUCGCGAUGUGCCUCGCGGACGAGCUCGACUUGCGCACGCUCAAGGGCGCGGCGUACCUCGAGGUGAUGCAGAAGACGAAGGUCGUUGCGCGCGAGCACGUCGAUAUCCCCGUCUGCGCGACGCCGGACGCGGACGGCGAGAGUGAGGACGAAGAAGACGAUGGCAUAGAGGUGCUGCUCUCGCCUGAUGGGAGGCUCGUGGUGAGCGGGCCGCAGAAACUGCGCCUGCUAUGUGGGUACCAUGGCCUGAGCCGUGCCUGGGAGCACUUGCGGCUGCAUCCGCCGCCGUUCGAGCAUGCGUCGAGUUGCGGCGCGACCUGGCACCAGCAUGGGUGCACGCAGAGUUGGUCGGACUUCUGGAAGGAGAAGACAAGGACCGAAGGUAUAUUGUCGCUCGGCCUCGCUGAUGUCCUGGGACGCCUGCGCGCGGUGGCGAAAGAGUUUGACAAGUGGGGCAGCGCCACGUACAUGCAUCAUGAUUGUCGGCUGAGUGCGAAGCGAGUUAUUCAGGAGAAGAUUAAGCAGGUGGAGGAGGAAUUGCCGGAUUACUUUUCAGAGGAAAAGGAGAUGGUGUAGACGGAGGUUUAUCUGGCUGCUUACUCUCGGGGUUUAAUAUGUUGUAUUCUACAUUGUAUUAUAUAUAAACAGUCGUGCACCCUGUCGCUUCCCUGGGGUGCAGCAGGUGAAAACUAUUAGUGGGGACAAAAUGUCUCUUGCAAUUGGGCUAGAGUAUCCCAGUGCCUUUAUUUCGCCCCACAUGGCUUAAACCCCUGUGCGAUCUGUACAGCAAAG